AUGCCCUCCCCUGCCAGAAUCGGGUCUUUUGUGUGUACAGUGAGCAGAAGGACUAACUCCACUUUUGGAAUAGAAAAGGGAGCCAACUUCUCCAAUGUGUCUUAUUUACACGCCAAACAGCUGGACGAAUUCCUGCAGGAGUUUCCCUCACAUUGGGAAAUGAGGAUACUCCAGAUCUGCCCAGUUAUGUGCUUCGUUGCUGUUAUGCUGGUCAUACCACCCAUUUUGGUGUCCAUUUUUAAAAACCCUAAGUUCCGUCAAGAGACCCGCUAUCUGCUUCUUGCCAAUUUGCUUUUAUGUGACAUGAUGUAUGUGGCUUUAUAUAUGUUCAACGUGUGUGUCAAUGCGGGCUACGCCUCCAAGUCUAAGACACUCUGUGCCUUCAUUCUCUUUUUCCUGGGGCUCUCUUACAGUGCUGGGGUUCUCAGCACCAAGGCAAUGGUCCUGGACACAUCCCUGGCUGUCCUGCUGCCCUUCCGUUACUUAGCUCUGUGUUCAAACUCACGAACAAAAAAGGUGAUUCUACUGAUGUGGAUGUUCUCCUGCAUUUUUCCUAGCAUCUCCACCUUCAUGUUUUGGAUGGCACAGGAGAAGAAUCCCUGCUUGAUGGAGGUUUGUUCCUUACCUCUGAUCCUCGUGCUCACCGUGCACAGCUCCAACUCCAUCUCCCAGUACUAUGUUGCAUCCGUUACUUGUGUACUUCUCUGUCUGGUCUUGAUCCUGUGUUGCUACGUCCUUCUGUAUUUUAAAACACGGAGCUCUGGAAUUUGGAAAGGCUUUUCUUCUAGAGCCAAAGGAACUUUUUUGAUUCAUUAUAUCCUUUUAUUUCUGUCUUCAUGCCCCCUUCUAGUGCUUUUGGUAGAAAUUUGUCUCUAUUUUCAUGACUUGAUUGCCAUGAGCACAGGUCUGUGGGUGACUUUAACCAUCUGUAACAUCUUAAUGGUUCUACCUAAAACAUUGUCACCAUAUUUGUAUGGCUUUAGAUAUAGAGAAAUCUCCAGGUCACUCAUAGCUUUCUACAGAUUUAAGUGGUCCAGGUCGGUGGUAUCACCUACCAUGUGA